ACGCCCCCUCCUCACCCACCCACCCACCGCCAUGUCCGGGGUGGUGCGGACCCUGAGCCGCUGCCUCUUGUCGGCCGACGCGGCCUCCGGCCGAGGAGGCGCCGCCACAGCGGGGGACAGGCCAGCGCCCACGCCCGCGCCGCCCCGUGAGGGGAAAGAAGGGAGCCGCGACGCGGAGCGCGAGGCCCGGCGCCGCAGCCGCGAGAUCGACGCGAUGCUGGCCCGCGAGCGGCGCUCGGUGCGGCGCCUGGUCAAGAUCCUGCUGCUGGGCGCCGGCGAGAGCGGCAAGUCCACCUUCCUCAAGCAGAUGCGCAUCAUCCACGGCCGCGAGUUCGACCAGAAGGCGCUGCUGGAGUUCAGGGCCACCAUCUACGAGAACAUCCUCAAGGGCUGCAAGGUGCUAGUUGAUGCACGGGACAAACUAGGCAUCCCUUGGCAGUACACAGAGAAUGAGAAGCAUGGAAUGUUUCUAAUGGCCUUUGAAAACAAAGCUGGGAUACCCAUCGAGCCCUCAGUGUUCCAGUUGUACGUACCUGCCCUCACUGGUCUGUGGAAGGAUUCUGGGAUCAAGGAGGCUUUUGGCCGUCGAAGUGAAUAUCAGCUGGGCGAAUCAGUGAAAUAUUUCCUGGAUAAUCUGGACCGGAUUGGCCAAUUGAACUAUUUCCCCAGUAAGCAAGACAUCUUGCUGGCUAGAAAAGCUACCAAGGGGAUUGUGGAGCAUGACUUCAUCAUCAAGAAGAUUCCUUUCAAAAUGGUAGAUGUUGGUGGACAAAGGUCUCAGCGCCAAAAGUGGUUUCAGUGCUUUGAUGGGAUAACAUCUAUACUAUUCAUGGUCUCCUCAAGUGAAUAUGAUCAAGUCCUUAUGGAAGACAGACGCACCAAUAGACUAGUUGAAUCCAUGAAUAUUUUUGAGACCAUUGUUAACAACAAGCUCUUUUUUAAUGUCUCUAUCAUUCUGUUCCUUAAUAAAAUGGACCUUCUUGUGGAGAAAGUGAAGAAUGUUAGCAUUAAGAAGUACUUCUCAGACUUCAGAGGUGACCCUCACCGGCUGGAAGAUGUUCAGCGUUACCUGGUUCAGUGUUUUGACCGAAAGAGGCGGAAUCGCAGUAAACCCCUCUUCCACCAUUUCACCACAGCCAUAGACACUGAAAACAUCCGCUUUGUGUUCCAUGCUGUGAAGGAUACGAUCCUUCAGGAGAACCUUAAGGAUAUUAUGUUGCAGUGAAGGAAAAUUGACUUCUCUUUAUUGGAACGAAGCCUAGUUGUAGACCCAGCUACUACCUUUGUGGCUCUUGCGAUGGGUUUUUUUUUUAAAAAAAAGAUCCAUGCUGUUUACUUGGCUCAAGAAGGCUGCAAAAUAGCCAGUCCUGACAGAGGAGCGACAGGCAGAAGGACUGUGAAAGCUCAUUAGCUACUGAAUCACUUAACUUAGAAACACUACUGAAAAAAGUGACUUUUGAAAGAGCAGUGCCUUCUUCUGAACACUAAAUAACAUGGCUGCCUUCUGCCUUUUGAAAAGUGACCCCUAACUGGGGGGGAAACAUGUAAAGAAAUUCUGUGUUUUUAAGUAAUGUUAUUGUGCAACAGUGCCAGAAUUUGCUGGCCAUAAAGCCUGUCUGCCUCACUGGUUUUUGGGUGCUGAAUUAACAAAUCCAUUCUCUAAUUAAUACUUCCGUUUGGAGAAUACAUUGCAAUAUAUUAUCAUAUUCCUGAAAUCAAUCCAGGUUUGGCGCAUAAAAAUUAUUUGCCAAUAUCCAGACUGUGCUAGAUGUUGCCUGAAAAUCUCUCUUCAGCUUCCCUCAUAAUGUAAGUUCAGAACUGUACAUUGAACUGAUUGAUAUAAACUGCUAAAAAUAGUAAUCAAAGGAGGCAGAAAUCCAAGGCCUGGGUUGGUGCAACACAGUGCUUUACUUUGCACUACAUAUACAGAGUUCAUUGCAUUAUGAGAAAUUAGAUUUCCACAGCAAUGCAGCAUGAGACCAGCGCUUGAACAUCUGAUGGUCUAGCAAGGCAUCUUCCACUCUGUUCUCAAACCUAAAUUGGAUCUGGAUGAAAACUCCCUCUCAACAUGACUGUUACCUGUCUUUAAAAUGGCAGCUGAUGCUACUCUUUAGCCAAAUAUUUGGUAAGCAGUGGCUGCCUAUAACACCAAAGCCAAAUACUCCUGAGAGCUCCACUUUACAGCUGCACUGAAUUUAGACAGAAGGACCCUGCUUUGACUUAAUCCUUAAUUGUUGAUGUAGGGAUUUAUUAGCCUAUAUAAUAUACAUUUAAAAUAUUGUAUCGAGUUAAACGUGUCCCUUUAAGGCUACUACAGAGUACUUGUGAAUUUGCAGGAGGCUGUGAAUAAUGUUGAUGUGAGCUUAUUUUUUAAUUCUAAAAUGUUGAAUUUAACUUUGGGUGCCUUUUCUGUGUGUACAGAUAUUUCACAUUCUUCUGACUGCUAUGAGGUAUGUAUUAAUCCUAAACUAAGAUCUACCUUUUCAGUGCUAUAGUCAUUAUUCAGGGAUCUUAAACAUAAGAAAUAUUUAUUGUGACAUUGGUACCGUAAUUGUCAUAAUAAAACAUAAAGGGCUUAAUCUUUCCUAUAUCAUAUUAGAAUGCUGUACUUUAUGCCCUUUUGGGACAAUCAUGUCUUAAACGGGAGGCAACACUCCAGACGUUAAUGCCACAGAUAACACCAGCCUACGAAUCUCUUGUGACUUCUGCUUGGAAAACUUUUAGGAUAUAUUUUUUUUCUUGUGUGGGUUACUCAAGUUUAUAUAAGCAUGUUUUGUGUGGUGUACUAUACUUUGUAAACCAGAAAUUUUCUUCACUUGUAGUGAUGUUUUGUGCAAAAUCAAACUAUGUUUUUGAAAAUAAGGAAAACGUUUGUCUCCUAGUUUUUAUGCAAAAUUAAAUAUCCAGUAACAACAGACUUCAAUAUUUUAAAGAUACCUUACACUUGGGAACUUACCUAGUAAAACAUCUUACUUUCUAGGACCAAUUAUUUUAUUAUUUUUAUAUCUAGUUCUAGACAAGGAAAUAAUGUUGCCAUUUUGCCACGUAUAUGGAUAACUAUUAAAACAAUUUUGCAGGUUAUAAAAUGCCUAAUCAUAUAUAAAGGGGAAAGCGUCUCACUUAUGAUCGCCCAGUUCUCUUGAUCAGAGUUAGGGCAGAAUCCUAUGCAUGUUUAGACAGAAAAAUUCCUACAACUCCCAGCAUCCCUACAGCCAGCCAUGCUUAACAUUAUAUUUAUUGGGAUUCUUCAUCGCUCCUUGUCUUAAAAACUAUAAUUAUACAUGUCUAAGGAGACUUCUGAUUUGCAUUUUUAAGUCGCAGUGUGGCCAUGGCAAAUGGCUGAAACACUGAGGAGUUUCAAGAAUAAUUUGUAGUACAGCGCAUGUAUCUGCUUCUUUUUUAAAGGGCAGAAUUCCCUUUAGACAUGUUCACAUGCCUAAAAUAGCUCUUCUGUACCCUAGCCACUAUAUUUUAACUUCGUUCCUCACCAAUAGGUUCCUAUCUAGAAGACUUGAUGAUUCAAUUAAGAAUUUAACUUGGAUUGUUUGACUUCCCCCAAAGUGCCUCAGUUUUACAUGUAAAUCUUUCUUUGGCCUUAAUUGUCAGAUAGUAGCACAAACUCUUAUAUAACAACUCUUUAAAAUCUGGACUAUGCUACCAUUUGCAUUUUAAAGUAAAAACCAAGAGCUAGUACAUUUUAGUUCUCCGACUGUUCUUUUAUUACAACUCUGUACCCAGAAAUAUACAUGCUUGUUUAUAGAAGUAGAACUACUAUAGUAGUCACUUGUAGAAUGUAAUAUACUACUAUGGGUUCCUUUAGUGUACCAGAUACAGUCCUCUUUUGGUAUGGUGGGAGCCCUUUACUGGGGCAAACAUACUUGGUCAUAGCAAAUUUUUGUAGCCAGAUUGAAUUUUAAUUAAUCUGGUCAAUCUAGUGGACUUUGCAGUCAAUUUAUUUGUGUUUAGGUUGUGGUUAACUCUAGUUCUCCAGCUCCUGAUCCCUUCACAAUUCUGUUGAACAUUUAGUCAUGGUCACAGCUGUAAUCAUUUUGUUUAACAUGAAUGUGUGUAUAUGUACACACACACAGUAAAGGAUGGAUCUGUUUCAACAGUUUCAGAAUUCACAGGGCAAUCCAUUCUGGAUUAUUCUCAUACUCAAUCAUAAAAAUCUUUUAAUGUAUGGCUUUGUAGGCAAUAUGGUAAACCUCUCUUCUAAUUAUAGCACUUGACAUACGAUGUGUGCCAAUAUUUUGCUUAGGACUCAAAACACAUUUCUCCAAUCCAGCACAGUAGUAUUGCAGUCACCAGAUCAUUCCCUCUUCCUUUCUCUUGCCAAAGCCACAAGACAUUUGCCUUUAAUUGUAACCCUUGAGAACAGUUUGUUCUAAGCACAAUUAGGGGGGAGGGGAGGGAUUUGUAGAUGGAAUACUUGAUGUAAUGAUUCUGACUAACAGGAAAUGGGUUACACAUAGAACAAUCUAUUAGAGGCCUUGAACUUUUCGGCAUAUUUUAUACCCAAUAAAUAGUAUUCAGCUAUUGGCAGAGUUUCUCAUUGUUUAGGGGAAGAUAGCUGUAAAGAGUGUUAUACCGUCGAUGACAAAGAGAGAGGAAAAGUAUUCUUCUUUGUGCAAUAUAUAUAUUACACAAAAUAAACAUGUGCUUAGUUAUAUAAACUUGGCAGAAGCAAGACCUUGAAAAACAAGUAAUUUUUGUUUGCAUGAAGUGGAAGCUGAAAGUUGGCGUGAGUUUGCAGAUCCCAUGUUGCACUGCUUACAUGAGUAGAUGGCUUGCAGGAGCAGUAUUUAACAUGUCAGCCAACAGCAUAUUAUUGGAACUGAUUGUGUGAAGUACAAUUCUGCCAUCCAAACCAUUUUCUACUGGAUGGCCAGAACUUCCCUAGCCGGUGGUGAAUCCAUAACAAAAUUUCCAUGCGGUCUGCAAUAAUGACUGAAUUGGCGGCUGCUCCUGUGGAUGACAUGAUGUUGCUACUCCUACCACCCAUUCUUCUGGCAGAAUUAAAGAGCCUUCCAUCGACAAGCCACGAAGUUAGCUAGGGCUUGGCUCACUUCCCAUAGUGUUAGCUUGUUGUAGCCAGCUUGAAAAUUGCCACACUCCAAAUGAAAAAAAGAAAAAUUGCACUGACCUCCAUGUUUGGCUUUCUGGUGAUGUGCCAAGAAUCUAUUGUUGGGAGGGAGAGAUGUGGAGGAGGGAAGGAUCUAGUUUCUAAAUAGAUUUCAAGCACUGCUGCGUAAACACUGGCAGUCUGUGUGUACUGAAACAAAAUGCCAUCAAUGAAGAGUCUGUGUGCUUUGAUGACUGUAUCCAGAAGAAGGAUUUGGUUGCUUAUUAAAACAACAUAUUGGCAUCACUUGUAGCUAUUGGCGCACACAUUAUAAAUCUUUUUUCAGCUUGCCCAUUUGUUUAUAACUGGGACAUGCAAAUUCAGGCUUCUUCCAGUGUAGUGUUAGAGGCUUUGGCCAUGCAGAAGGUCUGAUAAACUUCCUAAAAGCCAAAUAUGUGUCUCCUUUUAUUAAACGCUCACAAAAUGAAUCCCUUAACAGUUAGGGCCCUACAUACUUUAAAGACAACAUACUACUUUGCUUCAUAUCCUUUAAAAACAACCAGAAAUGCCUCUUCAUUGUGUAAUGAGUGUGCCAAAUUCAAACUGCAAAGGUACAUAGAGCGAUGUUUUCAGCAGUUGCUCUGCAAUGGUGAAAUUCCAUCCCCCUGUUAGAAGUCUGUCCUGAAUGCUUUCUCGAAGCGUUCAGAAACAAGGUAGCCAUGUUGGUCAGUGCAGGGGGUGGGGAAAGUUCUAGGGGACACUUCCCCCCUACCAGGAACCCCACUGGGAGCUGCACCCCCACUACCACUAUGCCACCCAAAUUUAGCAGUAUGGCAACGAAAAGACAAAUUUUCUCUUUAAAAGGUCAGAUUGCCCCUCCUUUUUUGAUACCAUGCCACCAGAUAUUGACAGCAAACUAUAAAUGUUGGCUUGUUUUCAUGGAAGAAUCAGCCCUUUUGUUUGCAAUUUGGUGGCAGGCACCAGAAGGAAAAAAAAGGCUGGCAGUAGGGGACCACCCUUGAUGCAUAGUACAGUAAUACUUUUAUCAUAACCAGUGACCUAAAGUAAUGAGAAAGCUUUUGAGUUUCUAGAAGCACAGUAAGAGGCAAAACAGAUUUACUCAGUGGUGGUGGUGGUGAUUGAUGAUGUGGCAGCAUAAUCAAAGGUUUGAAUGCUACCCCACACUAAAAUCCUACCUCCACACAAACCUAACAUAUUUGGGGUUAUAGGCAGGGUGAGCGGAGGCUAGACCUGACUCGCUAGUUUACUAUAUUCAGGAUCUCUCUCAUGUAGGCCCAAACAUCUGAUCUGCCAACCUGCAACAUGAAAGAUACAACCAGCUAUAGCUAUAUCGCAUGAACAUAAAAAGAGCCCUGCUGGAUCAGUCCAAGGGUCCAUCUAGUUCAGCACUUUGUUCACAUAGCUGUUGACCAGGGACCCAUAAGCAGGACAUGGGACUGCUGCUGCUCUCCGAAUGCGUUUCUUACUGCAGCUUGUCAAUGGCAUGUUGGGUUCAUAUUGGUUGAAACAGUAUAUAAGAAGAGAGAAAGAGGGGAGUAAGUAGUCAGUGCCCCUCCCGGUCCCAUUGGCCUGCUUAGGACCAUCUGCUAUUUGGCUCCUCCCCUGUUGUUGGUUGAAGAAAGCAGCAUAGAUCCAAGUUGAUGUGAUUUUUGUUUUGUAAGCCACCUCCAGAGUUUUUUCAUUUUAUUUUAUUUACUGUACUUUUAAACUGCCAAUAACCAAAGUUCUCUGGACAGUGUACAAUAAAUUAAAGCAUACAGCACAAAUAUUAAAACAAAAUAUGAGCACAGAAUAAAAGAUUAAACCAGCAGCUACGAAUAAAACCAUUACAACAUCUUAAAACCAGCAGCAUCAUAGAGGACUAAAAGCAGUUUUAAAAUAUCUCAAGGAAUAACAGAUCUUCACCUGGUAGCAAAAAGACCAUAUAACUUUGGCACCAGAUGAGCCUCUCUAGGGAGAGCAUUCCAGGAAUGAGGUGCCACCACUGAUAAGGCUCUCUGUUGUAAUCAUACACCUCACUCCAUUUGUCAGGGAGUACGGCCUCAGUCAGCUGACAAUGUCCAGGUAGGUAAACUGAAAGUCAAGAGUAAAAAAAAAAAAAAAAACCACCCUAAAUAAAUUAAACAAACUGAAAAAAGUGCUGUGUGGAUCAUAAUUGUUAGAAUUUAUAUUGCAGUUUUCAAACUUUCCAAGUGGUUCAUACAUAUUCAGUGAAUCAGUAAAGUAAGCCAGCAUUAUACUCAUUGCAGACAGAACAGUGGUUUGAUGAAGGCUACCAGUAAACAAAGGGACUUCCCACAUAUUGCUCACACAUGUCCACUACACUGGCUCUAGAAAAGUAUUCUGUGUAAUAUGCAUCUAAAGAAAACUGAUGAGUUUGAAAGGGGAAAAGAAGAUAUAUGUUAGCCAAUUUCAAACUUUAGCAAAAACUAAAUUGCUAUUGAAAGGUGGUGGUAAACCUAGAAAUGAGUUGAUCUAGAAGUGCCAUGACUCAUAACUUGUAGUACUCUUUAAUUGUCCACGUUUUUAAACUGGUGGCUUUUUGUAAGCACUAAAAGAGCAUCCAUAAUACUUUGUGGCCUAUUUUGCUGUGAUAGCAUCGAUUUAUGAAAGCUGUGUAUUAGAUUUUUAAAAUAUUGUGGUGUAAAAAAUGUACUUUUUAGCUGUGAAUCAGCUUACUGUUCUGUAUAUAUGACUUUUGUAAAUCUAUUAAAAUGUGAUUUGUUAUUA